UCAAGAUGAGAUUUUGGUGGGGACACAGCCAAACCAUAUCACAUGGUAAAUUUAAAGCUUAAGUGCUACAAGGGCACUCCAGGUGACAUUAAUACCACAGAAUCAUAGCCUGAUCAAAUUUGCUGUCCUCAUGGGUCUUACAGAUGCUUAAUAAAACAUUGGGGUAAUUAACAAAGAAUAAUGAGAAAGGCAAAAGGGAGUCAGAGGACUCACCCCAGAGGGUGAUGAAAAUAUUUGGAUGUUUCAUAAAAAAUGAAAUAAAUAAAAUGAAAAUCGAUGGGGUUGAAACAAGGGUCGUACAACACUAUCAAAGGUUGGAUGGACCAAAGGGAACCCCUACUGGUCCCCCAACAUUAAAAGGCCACAUACCUGUUUUCUGCAUUUGCCCCAGAUCGGGGAAAUUGAAGAAACAGCAAAAGGCAAAGGUUAUAAUGAAAGAGCUGACAUUACCUGGGGUAAUGCUGAGGUAAAUUAAGAUGAAGAUUAAAAAAACAGCCCAAGUCCCUUGGCUCAAUAUCCUGCUGGGAACUCAAAUCACUUUUCACCAGAAAAAGUAAAAUAGUCUGGGGGUAGAAAAGAAAAGUUCCUUGAACUAGAACAUAGAAAUGUACAGGUUGAUAGGAUUAUGAAAUUUGAGAUGUCUGUACAGCCUGUGUGUCAGGUAAUUUUAACUCCUUUACCUAAAUGUCUUGUGAAAAUUGGUAUUGUAUCUGAUUGAGGGAUGUUUCUCCUAUCAAGUACUAUGAAACUGAAGUCAUGUAAAUGUUCCCUUUGAAGAAUGUUAAUUGGACUCACUAAAUGGAAACUAGUAAGGUUGCCUGAGGCUGCAGAAUGUAUGGCAGAAGCUGAAGGGCUAGAGGGGAACAAUUCUCCACUUCAUAUCCCCGUGUGGAGCAUUUAUUAGGGCUUAUGGUAAAAGACUGGGAGCACUUCCCAAAGACAAAUACUGUACUAGAGAAUUUCCCGUUGAGGGACAUUUAUGGCCUUGUUAUGGAAUGUUAACUGAAGCUACUCCUUUGCUAAUGGAAAUAAUGGUGCCCCAAAGAGUUCCAUAAUAAUUUAAAAAUUGUUUACAUAGGAUCUUGCUACCUGAGGAUGCAAAGAGGAGAUACUUAUGAGCAGAGAGUAUUCUUUUUCCCCUAGGGCUGACUCUAACUGUGAGGAGCUGCUAGAUUCUACAGUGCCUGAUAAACAGCUCUCAUAUGACAAGAACUGCUUAGCAUGUGAAUGGCAAUUCAAGGUGAACAAAGGACAUGUUGUUUGGAAGGCUGAUGCUCUGGUUAAAGAGUCAAGGGAAUCUUUUUCUUUUAAAUUAUUUAUUCUUUAGAGCAAUUGGGUGAAGUAUGUUUUUAUGAACAAAUUUACCUUUCUCUCCAAGUUCUCCAAAAUUUGGAAACCAUGUUUCUGUUGGCAAUAACAUGUGCAUUUGUAUCCAAAACCCUAUCUGGAUCUUAUAUGAAUUCCAUGCUCACACAAAUAGAGAGACAAUUCAACAUCCCAACAUCUCUAGUUGGAUUUAUUAAUGGAAGCUUUGAGAUUGGAAAUCUUUUGUUGAUUAUAUUUGUGAGUUAUUUUGGAACCAAACUGCAUAGACCUAUAAUGAUUGGCAUUGGAUGUGUGGUUAUGGGCUUAGGCUGUUUCUUAAAAUCACUACCUCAUUUCCUCAUGAACCAAUAUGAAUAUGAAUCUACAGUUUCAGUUUCAGGCAACUUGUCCUCAAACAGUUUCUUGUGUAUGGAAAAUGGAACCCAGAUUUUAAGACCAACGCAGGAUCCAUCAGAGUGUACAAAGGAAGUUAAAUCAUUAAUGUGGGUGUACGUCCUGGUAGGCAAUAUUGUACGUGGAAUGGGCGAAACUCCCAUCCUGCCUUUGGGUAUUUCCUAUAUAGAAGAUUUUGCCAAAUCUGAAAAUUCUCCUUUAUAUAUUGGGCUUAUAGAAACAGGAGCUAUUAUUGGUCCUUUGAUUGGACUUUUGUUGGCAUCAUUCUGUGCAAAUGUUUAUGUUGACACUGGAUCUGUGAACACAGAUGAUCUGACCAUAACUCCCACUGACACUCGUUGGGUUGGUGCAUGGUGGUUUGGCUUUCUGAUUUGUGCAGGAGUUAAUGUGCUCACUGCCAUUCCUUUUUUCUUUUUGCCCAAAACACUUCCAAAGGAAGGACUGGAGAAUAAUGCUGACAUCAUUAAAAAUGAAAAUGAAGACAAACAAAGAGAAGAAGACAAGAAAGAAAAAUAUGGAAUCACUAAAGAUUUUCUACCAUUCAUGAAAAGUCUUUCCUGCAAUCCAAUUUAUAUGCUUUUCAUACUUAUAAGUGUGAUACAGUUCAACGCAUUCGUUAACAUGAUCUCCUUCAUGCCUAAAUACAUAGAACAGCAAUAUGGAAAAUCAUCUUCAGAUGCAAUCUUUCUAAUAGGUAUUUAUAACUUACCUCCAAUAUGUAUUGGAUACAUAAUUGGUGGUUUAAUUAUGAAGAAGUUCAAGAUUACUGUCAAACAAGCUGCCCACAUAGGAUGCUGGUUAUCCUUACUUGAGUAUCUUCUCCAUUUUUUAUCUUUUCUUGUGACUUGUGAAAAUUCUUCAGUUGUUGGAAUAAAUACCUCUUAUGAAGGAAUUCCACAAGAUUUAUAUAUGGGAAAUAACGUCUUUGCUAAUUGCAAUGUGGAUUGCAACUGUCCAUCUAAAAUAUGGGAUCCUGUGUGUGGAAACAAUGGCUUGUCAUAUCUGUCAGCUUGUCUUGCUGGUUGUGAGACAUCCAUUGGAAUGGGAAUAAACAUGGUGUUCCAAAAUUGCAGCUGUAUUCAAACAUCAGGAAAUUCAUCUGCAGUUCUUGGGCUGUGUGACAAAGGACCUGACUGUUCCAUGAUGCUCCAGUACUUCCUAAUCUUAUCAGCAAUGAGCAGUUUCAUUUAUUCUUUGGCUGCCAUACCUGGAUAUAUGGUUCUCUUGAGGUGUAUGAAAUCUGAAGAGAAGUCCCUUGGUGUGGGAUUACAUACAUUUUGCACAAGAGUAUUUGCUGGCAUUCCUGCACCUAUAUAUUUUGGCGCUUUAAUGGAUUCCACAUGUUUACACUGGGGAACUUUGAAAUGUGGUGAGUCAGGGGCAUGCAGGAUAUAUGAUUCCACCACCUUCAGAUACAUCUACCUUGGAUUGCCAGCAGCAUUAAGAGGAUCAAGCUUUGUUCCAGCCUUAAUCAUCCUAAUUCUUCUGAGGAAAUGUCAGCUACCUGGUGAAAAUGCCUCUUCAGGAACCGAGCUUAUAGAGACAAAAGUCAAAGGGAAGAAAAAUGAGUGCAAAGAUAUGUACCAAAAGCCCACGGUUUUGAAUGAUGAUGAAUUGAAAACUAAAUUGUAAUUGCCCUAUUAUAUUACUUUUUUCAGAAUUGGAGAACAUGCUGUACAACUUAAUUAUUUUAAAAAUCAACAGAGGUACUAUAGAUAACUUUUUCUUGUCUUUAAGAACCUGAAAAAAAAAUUCUUAACUCAAAAUAAUAAAAUGUUCACUAAUGAUAUUUCUAAGAUAUCAAUAACACUUGAGUUUUCCUAGGAGGGUUAUCUAUAAUGGCCC